AUGAACGAGGCGGAUAGGGAGUUUCUCGAGUCGUUGCCAACUGGUAAGCUGGUGCUGGCCUACGGCUCAGGCGUGUUUCCGCAGCUCGCUAGAGGCCGGCUGGCGAUCCAGCGCACCCGCGACUACAUCCUGGUGGUCGACAACCCCGCAGAAUGGUUGUUGCAAGCGCUCGAUCGCCAUUCAGAGCACUUUGCCUGGUAUCUUCGGAGCCUGCGUUCACGGCCAGGAGCUCUCCGUUGGCUCCAGCACCUGGGCGCGGGCAUGUGUUUCGUGCCUCCGGUACCGCUCGCGUCCCGGUCUGCGGAGGCACUCAAGUACGGCGUCAUCGCCGAAGAGACAUUGCUCGCUGAUAUUCGCGAAUGGCGUUACUUCUACGCCGCCGGACGUUUGCAGAAACCUGUUGAGCUCAUUAUUCUAUCGAAUAUGGCCCGCGUCGAAGCUGAGGCGUGUGCUCGACGGGUCGACGAAGCCAACAAGAGGCACAACCUUGUGCAAGCGGUUCGGAUGGGUAUCUUACUGGGUGCAGAAGCGGACACGGGCCCCCGCCUGCUCCCCGUUGCGACCCUGCUUGAGCAGGUCGUUGGCCUCUCUUACUCGGCGGAUAUUCGAAUGCGCUCCGGCCUUGAACAUCCGAACAAGACGCGAAACAUCCUUCACGCGAAUAUGGACCGCUUGCUUGGAAUGUAUACUACCGCUUUGGUGCAGAUGCAACGGGAAGGGCUGGUCCAGCGUCUAGGUGCCGGAGACAGAGCGACUCGACCCGAGCAGGCGUUGCCCUGGCGACCUGAUGAUCUCUUGGACAUAUCGAUGCUGUUUCAGACCGAUGUUUAUGGGCAUAGGGCUCGCAACCGUCUGUUAGGCCCGCUGCUGCAGCUCCCGCUCUUCUGCAACAUUCAGGCGGAGGACGCUAUCCGGCAACGACUGCGAGAUCAAAACUCGGCAGCUCUGAGGAAGUUUCAAGGUCCAGUCGUGAUCGAGUAUUUCGCGCGAGCACUUGGAGGUCUCCUGCGACGUCGCGUGUUACAUAGUUCUGUCUCACAGGCAGUGAAGGGUCUCAUCACCGCUGGACCCUCGCGGAGCCUGCAGUACCUCUGGGGUAAGUGGUGGCGGCGCUGGAGCUGA